AUGGUACUAACUGAUACGAGGCAGAUCUACGAAAGAGCCCACCUAGGGGGCUCGCUGAAUGAAUUAAAAGAGCAAAUUGAUUACAGAGAUGAGCUGGGUCAGACUGCAUUAAUGCAUGCUGUUGUUGAAGAUAAUGACCACGAUACCACGGCCUUAAAAAAUCUGUUGACAUUUGGCGCCGAUCCUAACGUAGUUAGUAGCCAACAAAGAUACACCACAGCACUGACCAUAGCUGUUAACCUAAGAAAAGUUGAGCAUGUUCGAGAACUCAUCAGGGCAGGAGCUUUCUUUAUUUGCGAGCGAGGAUUCGAGGCUUUAAAGAUCGCAAGAGAAAACAACUUUUUAGAUGAUGUAUUGAUUGGGGAUGAAGCCAUGAAAACUAGACCACAUUUUUCUAAAGAAAAAAAUGCGUUUCAUGUGGCUUAUAAAUACAAAUGUUUCGAUCUGCUCCUAGACUUGAUAAACUACGGUGUCACCACAAGUAUAACGUCAAUAGAUCUAUCAGAUUUAGCUAGAGCUGAUCUAUUCAAUGUCUUAAUGAACUCGGCUAAAACAGAUAUAGACGAACAAGACGACAAAGUGCAGACUACACUUAUGCGCGCUGUACAACACAACAAAACUCAAAUCGUCCAGUCGUUAAUUCAAAAAGGUGCGUGUCUUGAUGUUGUCAAUUUAGAAGGAGAAAUGGCGCUGCAUAUUGCUUGUAGAGGUCCAGUUGAUAUGGUCAAAAUACUUUUAGACGCUGGAGCUAAAACGGAAAUAUACAACAAAAAUAAUUUGACCCCAUUAGCGGUAGCGACGCAAAUUAUUAAACUGUUAAUACAAAAUGGGGCUGAUGUUAUGGUCGUUGAUGGGCACGGUAGAAGCCCGAUACAUAUCGCAGCUGCUAGGGGAAGUUUGGAGAUUGUGGAAUCUUUACGUCAGAGUGGUGCUGAUAUAAAUGUUGUGGAUAAAUACGGGAAUUCCCCGUUGUUUGUUUCGAUACUGUAUAACCACAAAGAGUUAACCAAAUAUUUGCUUGAAUGUGGAGCUGAUCAUGGCGCGGUUGUUGACAAAGGCAAAGAUUCAGAGCUGUUGGCUGCUCUUCGAAACCAAAAUGUAGAUUUGGUCAACAUUUUUCACGGUGCCAGAAUUUCUGAGAGAGAUAAUGAAGGCAACACUUGUGUUCACGUGGCCGCCAGGUUCUGUGGUAAAGAGGUGUUGGAGAUGCUGAUCGACCUUAAAGCUGAUGUCGAUGUCCAGAAUAAUAACGUCAAACAUAGCAUGGAAGAAACAGUUCAACACCUCAUACAAAACGGAGCGUAUGUGAAUGUCAUAAACAUAAACGGUGAAACACCAAUUCACUUUGCCUCCACCGUUACGAUCGCCAAGCGUUUGCUUGAUGCUAAAUCUGAUUUAAAUAUUCAAAAUCAUGUUGGAGAAAAGCCUUUGCUUAGCUCCAUUAAACGUGACAAAGAUUUAGUUGCAAGUUUGUUGAUAGAAAAUGGAGCAGACCUGAAUUUUGCUACCAGCACUGGAGAAACAGCUUUAAUGUAUGCUGCUGACCUUCAGAACUUUACUCUGUUUCAGCUUUUAGUUGAGGGUGGAGCUAAUGUAAACAUUCAGGACAGCGAAGGACGAACGCCUUUAAUGCACGUUGUCUUGAGGUCAGUUACAUUAUCUGCACAGUCGAAUAAUCAGUUUGAAUCAUGCUUGUGGAACAUAGGGACGCAACUACGCCUCUCCAUCGUACUCAGUUUUGGGAAAUUCCUCCAAGUUAGGCCCACGUCAUUCCGGCUGCUUCUGCUUCACUGA